CCCAUCUCAUCUGUUCUCUUUCUAGGCACCGCCGACGCCAUCGUACACCAGGGCCGGCGCUUGGCAAGCCAGCAGAUGGUGGCGAGUAGGACCUCCGUCCAUGGGACAAGCCAGCAGCGCAGUGGAGAAGCUCCGCGUACAUAUCUUCAUUGUGAGCAGAUGGCGGCGCGGAGGCCUCAGAGCGCCCUCCUCUCCCAUCCGAAACAUUGCCGGAGCCUACACGGCCGUCCUCGUGGCUUCUUGUGUGCAUCUGGGCUCUUGUGCUAAAAAAAUAUGGGGCUAUGCAGUUAGCGGCGGCAAUGCAGAUCUUUUUGGUGAAGAACGUCUCCAUAGGUAUUUUCAGCCUUUCAGCUUCACAUAUGGAUUUCACUACAGUUCUGCAAAUGUGCACCAUAGUGUUGUCCACCGCCAGCCUUGCGUCCGGCAUGACCAGCUGACGGGCCGGGGUGUUACCUUUCUCCAGUGUGUUCUUUCCCGUGGGAUGGCCUGCAAGGUCCGCACCUGUGCGCUGAGUUUCUGGUCGCGGCGUCGAGGUGUCAUCCUUGUGAGGAGAUAAGCUCAUGUUCCUCAAGGUCAACAGCAACAGAUUCAUCUCUUUUGGUGAUCACGUCUAACUGGUUUGGAUCAUGGUGUUCUACAUUAUUGGGGAUGUUCUUCCUCUAACGUGUUUAAACCGGAGGCAUGGCCGUGUGGUGCUCUGAUUAUUUUAUUUGCUACAGGCAUUAUUUUCUCAUAUGUUUCAUUAAGAGGUAACCAACUUUCUUCUAGAGUAUUUUAUUUUGACAACUUUCUUCUAGAGUACUUUCUGUCUCAUGAUGUCACAUUUUGACAUAUUUAGAACUUCUGAUAUUGCAGGUAACUAACUUUCUUCUAGAGUACUUUCUUUCUCACGAUGUCACAUUAUGACAUAUUUUUUAGAACUUCCGAGAUUGCAGUAUGAAUACUAUUGUUUUUGGUGUCCAUCGCCUCUCAUCUCAUGGAUUAAUAUAAUGAUUGGUAGAUAACAUGUCUUUAAUUAGUUCUUCAUGUAGUAAUAUUUGAUUUUUUUACCCAGUAAUAAAUAAAGACAUUGCCAACAGAUACCUGUUACAAAAAUGGUACAUAGCAUUAUCCAUAUGCUAUAUAUGUGUUUUUCUACAAUUAGAUAACAACGUAGUCAGUCCACACUGCACUAUACGAAAAGGAAAAACUCAUCUACCAUCAAUUAACUUUUAGCAGUUCGUUCACCAAUUUUCAACUUACUUUCUCUGCAUAUUAUGUGCCCAUAUGAACCGGCUAGAAAAAAAAUGUAAUGUUCUAAUGACCAUAAUCUAUUGUUAAGAACUAAAAAAUCCAGCUUCACACUUUGCUCCAUGCUUUUAAUUAAUUUUAUAUGUGGCUUAUAACUUUUCAGAGAUCUCUUUCGACUUCUACCAGCCUCUUUUCACGUAUUAUUGCUCUAUACCCUCUCAUGGCUUUAAGGUUUUUCUCCAAAUUCACAUGCAGUGUGAUAAAACACCUGAAAUUGCAUCUGAUCAUGUAUUAUUUUGUUGAAAAUAUGUCAGGUAAUCCUUGGACUGCUGAUGCACUGCAGUACACAACUACACAUCAGUAUGAAUGACUUAGCCUUGAUGCUUCUUAUGAUAUUUUUUGAGGAACCUGAUGGAACCAAUCAGAAAAAUACUUUGGAAGUAUAGCAGUACCAGCAGAUGCUUCAACCAGCUAGAGGUAGCAGUUCUCGCAGAAAGGGCACUGAAUACUCGAUUUGCUGAAUGAUCGCUUCUGAGCCAGCGAGUACUGAUUAUAUCAUUGACCUACUUUGUGUAUCCGUUGCAGAUUCUUGAGUAGGUGUUGUAGGCACUCUUGGUAGUUUAUUUGGUAAAUUCCUGAUUGACUUCCUUGGGAAUGCAUUGAUGUGUGAACAUGAAAACCCCACCAUACUUAAAUACAGCGUUUUCUCAUCCCUGGUAAGCUAACAUGCAAACUGAUGGAUGUAGAUUUGAGGACUGUUGCCCCUGCAAAA